UUACCCGAGCGUGACGUACCGAGUCUUGACUGACACACUCAACGUAUUCCGCGAUCUACCUUAUCUCUUAUCACUAUAAAAAUGAUACAUCGAAUUACUUCACGAGUGCCAAGAUAAAGAACACUCUAUUCGCGAUAAACACCUCGUCACGGAUUCAUUUUGUUAAAAUUAUAUCAUUAUUAAUAAGAAAUUCAAUGACAAAUGAAUUUAUUGGUAUUUUUUAAAAACAAUCUCCUCGCAAUUAUGUAAACGAAGGAUAUAAUUUAUUGAAGAGGCAGUUGAUUUAAAGUGAAACUCGUGAUCGCAUUAAAUAAUUAAUUAGUCAUAAUGUUUGUGCUAUUACUUUUCUUGAUCGGAAUAUCCUCGGCAAGCUGUAAUCCGUGUACAAAGGAAGAGAGUUUGAAUAUAACAAAUGGUGUGAAAUUUGAAAAUGGCUCUAUCAUUUACGAUGGAUUGGAAUAUAUCGAAACUUCAUGGUAUGAGGAGGCGAUUAAUGAGGAAGUGGUUAGGUUCGGAUGUCCAUGCAUUGGACGAGUAUGCUUGUGGAAGUGCUGUGGAGCGGCAAUGAUGUUCGUCAAUAGAACUUGUAGAGACGUAGAUGUAAGCGAAAGUACGGUUAAUCCUUUUAACCCUACGGUGUAUAGAGGCCGGGAACCAUCGAACCUGACCGCUCAUAAGCACUUCUUCUACAUGUAUGCACCGUCCUGUGAAAAAUAUCUUGUAGAUUCAAAUUCGUCUGGAGAAGAAAUAUAUAUACAAGAAAAUGGGACGCUAUACGAAAUAGCUUUAAAUCGUCAUCAAUGGCAUCUCCCAUCGAGGUUUUGCUUGGACAUGAUGUUGGAUGACAACGUACCAAAUCCAAGACUGGUGGCUGGUGUCUGUUAUCCCGAUGACGUGUCCACUGAUGACAGCCCUGCGUUGUACAUCGCAUACGGUAUUGGUCUAAUGCUCUCGGUACCAUUUUUAUUAGCAACUUUUCUGGUAUAUGCAUUCAUCCCUGAACUACGGAACCUACACGGCAUGUGUCUUAUGUCGUACUGCGCGGGUCUCAUCGUAGCGUAUCCAUUUUUGGCCUACUUGAAAUUACACACUGGCACAAUUGGUGUUGCCAUGACAGGCUGUUACGUUAUCGCCUUCAUCAUAUACUACGCAUUCCAAACAAGUUUCUUCUGGCUGAACGUAAUGUGCUUUGAUAUAUGGAGAACCUUUAGCGGCUACAGAGGAGGCAGUACGAAUAAAAGGCGCGAGAGGCGACGUUUUGCGAUGUACGGCGCGUAUGCCUGGGGCGUACCAGUUAUUCUAACAGCAAUCACUGUUGCUUUACAAUUCAGUGAUGUGCCUGAUAAUAUAAUCACUCCAGGCUUUGGCAGCCGACGUUGCUGGUUCGACAAUUGGCUCAGUGAACUCAUAUAUUUCUUCACCCCUGUGUUCGCGUUGGUGAUUUGUAAUGUGGUGCUGUUCUCGAUAACAGCACAUCGAAUCCGAUCUAUAAGACAGGAAACCGCCAUAUUAAAAGGGGCCGAAUCUUCACGAAGUGAUAAAUUAAAAAAGGACAAGCAAAGAUACGGCCUCUAUUUAAAGCUGUUUGUUGUGAUGGGGGUGAACUGGACGGUUGAAGUGAUCAGCUUCGCAGUCGGCGGCUCCAAUUGGUACUGGAUUGUUGUCGACGUCGCAAACAUUGUUCUCGGAAUUUAUAUCUUCUUCAUUUUCGUUUGGAAAAGCAAAGUUCGAAAUUUGAUCUCCAAAAAGUGGCGAAGUAUUCGUGGUAUUCCUGCAACCGAAAGGAGCUUAGGGAAGUGGGCGACACGGUCCAGCUCAGCACCCACCGAGGACACGAGAGUGUCUGCUGACGAAACGGCUAUUCGAUUGAAAGAUAUGAACUAAUAUCGAGAUGCUAUUUAUCACUUAGUGAAAACUCAGUAAAAACUUCCAACUAAAAAGGAUUUUAAAACCAUACCUCAGUUAUGAACACUGCUAGUCAGUUUUAUAAAACGAUUUAGUAAUAAGUUAAUUAUAAAUAUUUUGAAGUAAAAUGAAUGAACAAAAAAAGAAAUCAAGACGACUUAUAAGUUUUAUUCAUAUUAUUAAGUGUAGAGUUAAAAUAAUUACUUACACUAGACGUAGCUUUAUGUGAUUUUAGUAUUGAACGUUACUUAUUCCAAAUGCUUAGAAAAAUUAUAUCACCAAAUUAUACCAGAAAAAGGUUAGCCAGAAAAUUUUAUUUUAAAAUAAAGUUUCUUUCUAGGCAGUAGGCAUGGGGGGCUUUGCCCACAACCCUAAUUCAGGUCGAUAUAAAUGCCUAUCGGUAAAUGCAGGCAAAGCCUGAGCAUGAUUUUGGCUGGGGCGACAUAUAUGAACCUUCUCCUUUGUAGGAAUGCAAUUUAUCGAUCGUAAAUGGAGUCCGUAGUCCGAAUCGCAUUUGGUCGAUUUUCGAAUGGGCAUGAUAUUGUCGUGAUGUUAACUACAUAAAUCACAUAAUACUUAUCCCAACGAAUCAUAUUUGACCUUUUAAAAGGGAAUUAUAUUUUUUACGCGUUCCGUAUAUUUACUAAUAAUUAAACAAGUAACAAUCGCGUGUGGACGUAUACGCCCAUAUUUUUAAUUCGAAGUUUAUUUUAUUUUUACCAGCUAGGUAAUAUAUAACCAUAAUAAUGUCUUGUGGACCGAAUUUCGGCCACAGAUAAUAAUAUAUUCCAGUCAUUAUAUAUAUUUUAAAUUUCAGUCUCUUAAUUUUUACUCUGCUGUUCGAUAUCUUAACAAGUUUCAUGUUAUCGAAAUAGUACAACGUACAUACAAUUUGUAAAAAUCGGCCUGCUCGUUUCUCUUGCAUACAUAUAUCAUUUUUUUUUUAAAUAAUAAACGAAGUUGUUUUAUAAUACAAAAAAAAAAUGACAAUUUUCAGUGUCCAUAUAAUUAAUAUUAAAAGUACAAAGUAUUUGUACCGUUUAAAAAAAAUUUUAAAUUUUAAGAUAUUUUAUAUAAUUAUAAUAUAUAUCUUACGGUAACAUAAGAGCACUAUUUAAUUGUAUACCAUGAAAUUAACUUACUAUUUUUGUGCAUUUGGCUUUAAGAUAAACCGUUGUAUUACAUUAUGUAGGUAAGUGGUAUAUGUUAAUAUUUAUUUUAAGACAAUACUCUUAUGAGUUGCAAUAUUGAAGUUUUUCAUACUUUAAUUUGCAGUAUUUCGUUAAUAUUGACAAUUACUAUAUAAUUAAUAAGUAAUUCGGAAAGCUUAGCUUAAGAGGCUUACCGAGAUUGCAACAGAUGAACGUUUUGCCACUAAAUUUCCUUUCUUAUUUAUUUAUUUUUAUGUCGUUUAAUCAGACGAAUUAUAAGCAAUAAAGAAAAUAUUGUUAGAAAACCUGUAUAUUGUUGGAUGAAAUGCUGUUAUGUACGUACAUCCAUCCUCAAUGGAGCAGCGUGGUGGAAUAAGUUCUUCUCGGCAAUAGGCAGGGAGGCCUUUACCGAGCAGUGAUUCUUUCACGGGUAUUACACUUGUAUACCGACUUAAGCAUUCUAAGUGUCAUAAAAAUUGUAAUGUAAAAAGAAUUGUAUUUUUUUUUAAUGUAAUGUAAGAAUCAUAAAAUUAGUCUUAAAGCAUAAUGAAUGUUAAUAGAAUA